UGCGGGGAGCCCCACAGUCCGCUUCGCGCUCUCCGGAUCCGGGGGCCUCCGCUUCCCCCUGAGCCGCCGGUGAAGCAGCAACAGGUGAAGCCGAUGCCGUCCUCGUCUCCCUAUUCAGGUGAAGAGAGCAGGACUCGCGGAGACCAAGCCGCUGGCCUUGGUGACACAGCCAGAGCGGGCCGAGCCAGGACGCACAGCCAGCCAGGUCCCAAGGCAGCAGGAAAAUGGCAUCCGGUGUUGGAGAGCCGACGGAGGACAGUCUCUGUCACCCCCGUCCAGCUUCAGAGCCCAGAACAGCAUGCGGACAACAUGAAAGUGUAAUGGCUCCGAGUGCAGGUGGAGGGAGACCCAGCUGGGGGCAGGCCAUUCCCCGCAGGUCCAGGGUGGCCCCGGUGGAGAGGAUGAGCCGGUUCCUGCGGCACUUCACGGUCGUUGGGGACGACUUCCACUCCUGGAACAUCAACUACAAGAAAUGGGAGAACGAGGAGGAGGACGAGGAGGAGGAGGAGGAGGAGGAGGAGCGGCCGCAGCAGCAGCCACCACCACCCGCACCCGCCUUGGGUGAGGAGGGCAGGGACGCUGAGGCUGCCUCUGUCCCCGCGCCGAGGCCCCCUGCAGACUUCAGGGCCAAGCUGAGGAAGCUUUUCCGCUCGCACCGCUUCCAGGUCGUCAUCAUCUGCCUGGUGGUUCUGGAUGCCCUGCUGGUGCUGGCCGAGCUCAUCCUGGACCUGAAGAUAAUCGAGCCUGACAAGAACAAGUAUGCAGCCCAGGUGUUCCACUACAUGAGCCUCGCCAUCUUGGCCUUCUUUAUGAUGGAGAUUUUCUUUAAGAUAUUUGUCUUCCGCCUGGAGUUCUUUCAUCACAAGUUUGAAAUCCUGGACACAGUGGUCGUGGUGGUCUCGUUCGUCCUCGACAUUGUUCUCCUGUUCCAGGAGCACGAAUUUGAGGCUCUUGGCCUGUUGAUCCUGCUCCGGCUGUGGCGGGUUGCCCGGAUCAUCAAUGGGAUAAUUAUCUCAGUGAAGACCCGUUCAGAACGGCAACUGUCGAGGUUAAAGCAGAUGAAUAUUCAGUUGGCCACCAAGAUCCAACACCUUGAGUUCAGCUGCACUGAGAAGGAACAAGAAAUUGAAAGACUCAACAAGCUGCUGCGACAGCACGGCCUGCUCGGUGAGGUGAACUAGGCGUCCGCCAGCUCCACUGGAGAAGACCCAGCCUCCCAGGCCCCAGGAGGCCAGAGUCACCUGUGAGUGGUGGCUAUCCCACUCUCCAACUGUGGGACCUUAAGGGCUCCGACUUCAUCUACCUGUCUGCACCUGCCUCAGAAGAGAGGCCAGGGUGUGUGUGUGGAGAAUGGAAAUUAAAUUAAACCUGACUGCAUUUCUCCUUAAAAUGCUCUGAGAGGAGAUCCAAACAUUCUUUCCAUUUGUCUAAUUUCAUCAACUGGCGACUAAGAUGUGACAUUUGGGCAUCUGGGCAGUGCCUAUAUGUUGAGCACCGAGAAUUCAGUCUGAACAUCUCGUGCCCCAGGACCUUUGCUUGUUCAGCCCCAACGACAGCAUGGGGACCUGGGCUUUCCAGACUCUUAUCCUGCCUCAGUGUCUUUAGUUGGAAAAAGAGAACUCCAGAAGCCGU